GGCGCUGCCGCCCGGCUGCCCGCCGGCCGGCCGCCCGGCCCCGGCCCUGAGCCAGCGGCCGCCGCUCCUCCCCGGCCGGAGGGGAGCGCCGGGAGAGAGCUGGAGCCGCGCCGCGCGCGCUGCUUGCUUUUUCUUUCUUUAAUGAUUUGUUACGCGUGUCUCUUGGGGGAGCGUUUUAGCAAUGGUCAUUUUUAGCAGUGAAAUCUGCUGCGCGAAGGAGGAUUAUACCAAAUCGCUAUGAAUGAUAGACUCGAUUGCUAAACCUUGCCUUGGCCAACCUCCUGACCCGCGGAGAGAGCUCUCAGGGUGUGCGUGGGAAGGAAGAAGCACCCUCCCCUUCGAAAAUAAACUCGGAGAAGACUGAUCCUUUUUUUUUUAAUUUUAGUUUUGGACAGCUGAACUGCUUUAUAAUUUUUUUUUUCUUUUUGGUCUCGUUUUGUCAUAAUUUGCUUUACAAAGGAUUGCCCUACGUAAUGGUUUUGUAACUGUGGUGGAAGAAGGAAGGAGCCCUCGGAAGUGUUAGUGAUGUGACAGCUUUGGUUCCCGAAGAAUUAACCGGUGUGUGCAUAGUGCCCCUAUUGCUGCUCAGGUAGCAGAACUCAUUUUUUUAACUGGGACUGGAGGAGAGGGCUGCCUCGGUCAGCAGGAGCCUUGCACAGGUUUAUAUCGCGUGUACUUCUUGGUGGGGUUCUCCCCACACGGUACUCUCUCUUGAUGACACCUGGAGGUGGCAGUGGGCCCAUGAAAGACUGCGAAUACAGUCAGAUCAGCACACACAGCUCUUCGUCUCCCAUGGAGUCUCCCCAUAAGAAAAAGAAGGCAGCUCCCAAGAGAAAAUGGGAGGUUUUUCCUGGAAGGAACAAAUUCUUCUGCAAUGGGAGGAUCAUGAUGGCUCGGCAGACCGGAGUCUUCUACUUGACUCUCGUGCUCAUCCUGGUCACCAGCGGGCUCUUCUUCGCAUUUGACUGUCCAUAUUUAUCAGAGAAGAUUACACCUGCUAUACCUGCAAUUGGUGGGAUACUUUUCUUUUUCGUGAUGGGGACCCUGCUGCGUACUAGUUUCAGUGAUCCUGGUGUCCUCCCACGUGCAACACCAGAUGAAGCAGCAGAUCUAGAGAGACAAAUAGGUAACACUGAAGAUAUUGCAAAUGGCUCCAGUUCAGGAGGAUACCGCCCCCCUCCCAGAACAAAAGAAGUGAUCAUCAAUGGACAGACAGUGAAACUAAAAUACUGUUUCACUUGCAAGAUUUUCCGCCCACCUCGUGCCUCACAUUGCAGCCUUUGUGAUAACUGCGUAGAACGGUUUGAUCACCACUGUCCCUGGGUAGGCAACUGUGUGGGGAAAAGAAACUACAGAUUUUUUUAUAUGUUUAUUUUAUCUCUGUCCUUUCUGACAGUCUUUAUAUUUGCAUUCGUUAUCACCCACGUCAUUCUUCGUUCUCAACAAGCAGGCUUCCUCAAUGCCCUGAAGGACAGUCCUGCAAGUGUGCUGGAAGCUGUGGUGUGCUUUUUCUCCGUAUGGUCCAUUGUGGGCCUCUCAGGUUUUCACACGUAUUUGAUCAGCUCCAAUCAAACAACAAAUGAAGAUAUUAAAGGAUCAUGGUCAAAUAAAAGAGGUAAAGAAAACUAUAAUCCAUACAGUUAUGGAAACAUCUUUACUAAUUGCUGUGCUGCGCUCUGUGGGCCCCUCUCUCCAAGCUUAAUUGACAGAAGAGGAUUUAUACAACCAGAUACGCCACAAUUAGCAGGACCAUCAAAUGGCAUUACUAUGUAUGGGGCCACACAAUCUCAGAGCAACAUGCAAUGACUAUCAUAAUGGAAGAUAGGAUUUCCAAUGACAAGAAGAAGAGAAUAACUGAAAGAGAUCUUUUUCCAAAGGCAAGCAUCUUACAUAUGUGCCUCUUUUUGAAUCGUUUUCCACAUAUAUUGAAUUUUGAGAUUUUGUCAAAGAAGCCGUAAGUUAUGUACUCUCUGCCAACAAAGAGGAGGCCACAAAGCCUUCCAGCAUAACUCUUCCCAAACAGCUUAGUUCUAGCAUUGCUGAUAAACUGUUAUAAAAUUCUUUCUCUAGUUCCUAUGCCUUUUCUACUUAUUAUUUUGAGUAUUAAGUGGAGGAUUAGUUGUUCUCCUUCAUGAAAAAAUGCAUUAGAGUCACAUUAAUUCUGAAUUUUCUGUGAGAUUCAGUUGUGCAGAACAAGGUAAUGCUCUGUGCAAAUUUUUACUCAAAACAACUUAACCCUGAAAAGAAGAUGUUAAAGGAGGGAAAAGAAAGCAAAACUCAAAGGUAGCCCAAGUUCUUUCACAAACUUUCUGACUUUGUCAAGAUGUUUCUUGUUUAUGAUCAUAAGCCCUGAAUAGGUUCUUUGCAUUAAUUAUCUUAACAUUAUAGGAAUGAAAAUCCCAUUGUAAGAAGACAUUAUAUGGUAUAUUAGUGAGGAAAUCUUGUGUCAAUUUGACAGAAGAUCGGCCAAAUUUGUCUGCAGAAAUGGAGAAAUCAUUUAUGGUAUUACUUUAAGUCAAACAGAUAGCUGUUAUGAUUUUGGAGUGUAAUACCUGUAAGUACACAAAUGCAUUUCUUCAAGGAUUUGAACUUCUUACAUCCUAGAACAUCACAUUAUUUGAGCCAGGACAGGUUUAAGUUCUUUAACAGUUAUCAAAGUUACUUUGAAAUGUACAGCUUUCAUUCCUGAAAAUGAUCUCGCAGAAGAAGCUCUAAAUAUGUAACAGGGUCAUAUUUUGUAUGGAGGAAUCUCUUUGAGACACUGAUGCCAUUUUAUCUCAGGGUAUUAUUCCUGGUCUGUAUCCAAGACCAGUUGGAUUCUAGUGGCAGCUGGCUAUUAGCAUUAAAAUUUCUCUGGUGUUUUGCUGCAAGGUUUGAAAGAUCUGCUUAGUUUCCCAGUCUCUCUAGCACUAUUCUCCCUUCCCUAUUCGUAAUCUUUCCUUCUUUCCUGAAUUGUUUGAAGCAUAAGAAAUUAUAAAUUCGUUUCCUUCCUGCAACAGUGCAGUGGGAUGUAACUUUACCUCUUAAUUGUUCUUGUUUUGUGUUUCCCUUUAACUGUGUUCUAAAGUAGUAGACCUUGAACCUAUCUUUGUUCUUCUCUCUCCUACUUCAUAUCUCAUAAAGCAUCAAACAGCAAAACCAAUUUUCCUAAUUCAAAGAUCUCAUCCACAUGAUGGACUCUUUACAAUAAAUAAAUUUUAAUUCACCUUGCUGCUAGCUUAGUUGCCUUCAGCCAUUCUACUUGGCUUCAAGAUUUCCCAUUCCAAUUUAAAUAGAACAGGAUUAAUCAAGUAAAACUUCAUCGUUCUGUUUAAAACUUUUCCCAUGAAGUGACUUGUAAUGCUUUUCCAAGCUUUACAUAACCAGACUCUUUUUUCCCAGUACGUAAUCUUAGUUUCUUCAGAAGUUUGGGGGCAACAGUGCUGGGAAUACCAACCAUUCACUUGGUCUCUAGAAAAAAAAACUGAUGCAGUUUUUUGAAUGAAAGGCAGUGGAGUACACUUUAUGGUAGAGGACAAACAAGGCGCUUGACAUUCCAUUUAUUUUAGAGAAGGAAUCACUAGAAAAUUCUCUAGAAUUCCUUUUGCUCAGAGUUCAGAAGUGAAAGUCAGAAUUUCCUUUGGUGAUUGAAGGUUUCAGUAAUUGACUGGCUCAAGCCCAAGACUGCAGUGGAUGUGGAACAGGGAAAGGAAAGUCUUGUGGAAGAAAAGAUUUUCUUUUUACCAGCUGCUCUCACUGACAAAGGUUAAGCAAUGCGUGGAAUAUUAUUCUGUCUUCCCUUCUGGAACAUUGCAUACCUCUUGGGAAUAAAGGCAGAGGCCUAAAAUGAAAAAUGUGUUCUUGGAGCUGAGGCAGGUAACACUCAAACAUGUGUCUGUUUUGAAGGGUAUUUGUCUGAAACUGCAGCUUGUAUUAGUAUGCUUUCAGAAAAGGAGAAAUACAGUGAUAUUCCUUGACUUAAAAUCAUACGUAGAUCAUACUUGUAGUCCAUAAAUACUGUUUAGAUAGGCAGAGGUUUAGCCAUUUAUUUGUCACCAGAGAUAAUUAUGCUAUUUUAGCAAGUUGACUCUGAGUCCAGGAAAUCAGUUAUCAGAAGUACACUUUUAUAGCAAGUCUCCUUUGAUUAUUUUUUUCGAGAAUGCAUUACAUCUUAUGUCUAUAUUGAAUCUUAAGUUCUAGGUGUUAUACUAAAUACACAGAAUGUGCUAAAAUGUCUCUUGCCAAUUGAUAUUAAAGAAAGAUUUUAAUGAGCGUUUUCUCUCACUCUUGUAUUCUCUUUUCCCUUAUUACAUCCCCUUCCUCAAAUCUGUUACCCACUGACUGAUACCUUUAUAAAUUUUUUUAUAUUUUUUUUUGCCUCAUCCAACUAGCCUCUGGUCAUUUUUUAAACCUCUCUAGGAUACUUAGUGUUAUAUUUUGCUUUCAUUCAUUCUAAUGCAUCUCCUAGCAGAGACCAUCAUUUCUGCAUUUAAAUUAAAAACAAAUAUAAGUCUACAUUUAAACUUGCCAGACACUUGUUUUCAGUGCAAUACAUUAUCUCUUAUUCAGGAUACCAUCUGUGGGGUGCUAUUUUUGUAUUUAAAAGCUUUUGUGGUGAUUUUGCCUUUGAGACAUUGAAUAUUUCCUAUAAGAUCUGCUCUGUUUUUGCUAUUGACUCUAUUUGCCAUGAUCUCAGCAAGUCAGGGAUUUUGUUAUCAGUGUUUCAAAGGCUCAUACCAUGAUUUCUUUUACUUUUCAGGUCUUUAUAUAAAAAAGAGCUUUUUCUUCUCUCCUUACUGCCUGCCUUAUGUUAGUAAGGUAUGAAGCUAUAUUUACUUUUCUGAAGGCCAGUACCAUGUGUAGUUUUAUUUUCUGAUACAUUCCCAGUGCUUUUGAUCUCUUUUUCAAUAUAAUUUUAAAUUAAUCUGGAAAAUUCAUUAGACAACUUCUUAAUAUUCUUAUCCACGUGACAGGCGUGAUUGCUUAGAGCUAAUGAUGUGUAGAUCUGUUAUUUCCAUAGUAUUUCCCUAUUAGCAUUUUAUUGCUAAUUAUUUUUACAAGUUCUUCAUUAGUUUCAUUGCCCAAGUAUUUCUCUUCUCAUUCUAAAGAGGUGGAGGGGUUGUGUGAAAUGCAGCAUCUUAACCAUUAAGAAAUCGUAAUAUUCUGUGUCCUUUCUUUCCUUUUCCAUUGUAAGGUUUACUUUCUUGAUAUUUUGGAAAAGUUCUUAAUUGUUAAACCCAACAGCUACUGUUACCUGAGUCUGCUCUUCUGCAGUAUUUAGCUUUAUCUUAAAAGCCUGAGUUGAUUCUUGGGUUUUGAUUCAGGGUUUUUUCCUCUUUAGUAGUCCAUUGUGAAGAAACAGAAUCCAUCUCACUCCAUGCACUUUUUUUUUAAAGAGGAAUUUGCUGUGUUUUCUUUUACUGUUAUGUCUUUAGGAAUUCUCUAAUGCCUUAUUGAAGUGCUAGGUUUUACUUCUCUCUGCCUUUGUAUCAGGACAGGUUCAUUUCAUAAGGAAAUUCACUUAUACUCCAGUAUUCUAGGUAUCUCUCUAUCAGUGCUUAGGUAGCCGCUUGUUUGCCAGACUGCCUUAUAUCCAAUUCUCCCUUUCCACAAUACAAGUUCAUUAGUUAAAUGGUUUGUUUUCUCUUUUAUUCUAUUACAGUGCAUAUGCAACUAAUGAUUACCUAUGAAACAUGCAGCAAGUCCUCUCCUGAAUGUUCAUAGCAGUAUUUCUAGUACUGGUUUUCAAAAUGGAUUCCAGCUGAUCUAGAGAAUGUUUACUCUGGCUUGUCCCAUUGUUCUUUCCCCUUUGCUUUUCAUAUUCUCAUUAGGGGGGUAAAUAUUUCUACCAUGGCAACCCAAAGAUCAGCAAGGAUUGGGAUCUCACUUUGCUCAACUUUGCUCAGAGUUUUACAGGUGUGUUCCCUUGAAUAUUUACUGUAGUACUGUGAUUUUUCAUGGCCUCAGACAGAACUUAGGACUCUUACCUAGUCAUCGUUACUGCAGCCAAACAGAACAGUAUCAGAGUGCAUAGACUAGACUUCUUCCACAGGUUUUGCUCCUGGAAUUCCCUCAGUGUGUUCUAACCAUUCUCGGGCAUGAAGAAGCUGUUGGCUAGUCUUGAAGUAAAAUUCCUGGAAGAGAGGAGUAGUUCCACCUUUACGUCAGGUCUGUUUCUCUCCACAGACCAUUCCUGUUGCAUUGUACUUCUUGCUAGUGGAGCCAUCUGUUGUCUGCUGGGCUCAGAGCUGCACAGUACCAUGAUGCUGGGUGUGGAAUCCUACAGCCCUUGUGAACAGUUAUGCAGCUCCAUCCCUCCGCUGUUUACUCAUCUAUUAUAUCUAUAUAAUAUGGUAUUUCAGCAUCUUUUCUGUUACUGCCUAGCACUGUCAUUCAGUGUUGCCAGACGUCUGAACUUCUUGUUGUUUGUACUUUGUUCAGAGACACUCAGAUAAUUCAACCUUUUUUUUCCUUUGUCUUUGACGACUGUAAAAAUUCUUUAAUGUUACCAGCGUUAGAACAAUUUUUACAAAGUUCAUUUUAAAUUCAAAGUAAUUUAUCUCUGCAUUGGCAUUAGAAAUGUGAAAAAAACACUGCCAUGUACAAGAGCUUUGUUAACGUGUACGGUUUAUGUAGCUGAAGAAAAAAGCUGAUUUUCUAGAGAAAAUUAAGACUGUUGUUUCAGGCAAAGUUGUUUGUAUUUAUUUGUGAAAUAAACUCAGAGUUUUAGAUUGUCUAAUUUGCUUUGGUUAGUGCCUUUUAAUGUAAAAAUAAAUAGUGAUGGCUGAAAUUUUCUAUGCAUAUAUAUAUUGAAAUUCUGUACUUGUAGAAUUUAUUAAACUUGUUUUACCUUUGGAAUGUGCUGUUCCUCUGAAACAGUGGAAACUGCAAGUAGAAAAUCAGUAGAUCUGAAGUAGGAAGAUACUGGUGGAAUAAUUUCUGCGGUAGAUUUUUAACUAUUUAGAUUUCAGAACUUGGCUUCUUUUUUCUUGUGACUUACAGCUGGUAGACCUUUGCCCAUAGAUUUCAUUUAGUUGAGAAUCAAAUACUGAAUCCAGGGGAAAAAACACACCAGCCCUAUAAACAAAUCUGAUUUCUUUGUUUAGUUUACUAUUAGUCUGCUGGUAUAGUAUGUGCUGCUUUUAUUGUAUGUUUUUGAGAGCUUCAUUUAACCCAUCUACCUAGUUGCUUUUGAAAGCUGAUCAUGGCCUUUUGUUUUACGUGAGAUAUUUCAUGAUAAUCGCUGCUCGUUGAAGAAAAAAAAAAAAAAA